AUGAUAAAAAUAUCCUAAAAAUUCCUUGAAAGAAACAGAAUAAUGAAGACGUGAGCGCUGACACUAUUUUAACAGGUGUUUCAAUAAUUCACAGCAACUUGAUAUAAAAAAUCACAAUGGAUGACAAAGAUACGAUAGAAGAUCUUCUAGAUCUAACAGACUCUGAAGACACCACAUCAUCAUCUAGUCACCAAGUGUUCGAAGCCGGUCGCAAACAAUUAAUUCUAGAAUUACACGAUCUCCAAAAAGAUGAGCCAAUCAAUCCAGAAUUGGAAGCUGAUAAGAGAAAAAAGAAGAAGAAAAAGAAUAAAUUACCAAGUAACAGAAGUACUACAAGUGGGUCUUCAAGCAGUGCUUCUGAUAGCUCAAUUCCGCCAGCUGUGGCUGAUGCUGUAGCCAAAGAACAGUUUUAUGAUGCUCAUGAGAGUUUUCAUGGACUACAAGACACCCAACCGAACGCAGCGCUCACGCUUGGCCAGUCCCAUUCAGCGCAUGCUCCCAAGAUUACAGAUGCUUUGCCGGCUUCAGCUCCCGCCACCCAGCCCUCCAGCGCACUUUCGAUGACUUGGAUAAAAAGGCGAAAAAACGCACGCAAUUAUCGCCUUUAG